AUUUUUUUAACAAACCCUAAAUCGAUUCGAUUUUGAUUCUACCAAUGGCUAAUUCCAUAGAUUCCAAUCACAAACUCUGUGGUUUCCUCCGCGCCGUUGUUUCCGUCGAUACGCCUUCCCUUCCGCAUGAACUAUCAUUAGGAUCCUCUUGUUCCAUCUCCAACGAUGGUUUCAAAUCCGAUAACGGCUUGAUCUUAUCCCUAAUCAAUUCCACCUCCAAUCCCAAAUCCCUAAUUCCCGAAAUCGAAGGACAUCAUCAGGAUGUUGAGGAUUGUGGAACAAUGGAAGACUCUGGAUUUGAGGAGAGUGCUCCGAAACGCCGUAAGUCUCAGAAAUCGAAGAGACGAGCUUCCUCCGGAGGCAAAGGCUAUUCGCCGGAGAAGAGCAACGGACGGGGGAGGAGUAUGGUGAAGAGUCUAGGUAUGGUGAAUGGGAGCAUAAGUGUAGUGCAGCAGCUACACGCUUUGGUUGCGAAUAAGUAUUUGAAGAUUGUGUGUCGUGUGGUGAAGGUUGAUAAGUGUGAGAGUGGAGAAGAGAGAGCUGUGGUGUUGGUGGAUGUUUAUAUACCUGUUGCAUUGUGGUCUGGAUGGCAGUUUCCUAAGUGUCAGGCUACUGCUGCUGCCUUGUUUAAGCACCUGAGCUGUGACUGGGGACUGAGAAGCUCAAUUCUUAGCGGGGAAAGUAUUUGGGAAGAGGUCAAUGGAAGAAUAAAGGCCAUCUGGGAUCUAUCUGACUGCCAUGUGUUUGAUUGCAAAUUACACUGUAAUGCCCCAGAUUCUCCAGGAAGAAGAUUAUUUAAGCUACAUGAAAUCUUUCAGAGCUUGCCCAGUCCAGGAAAUAUUGGUGUCUUUGAUUCUUAUAGAGUAACACCAUCCACUGACUCUUGUGCAUCUGGCAUUUGGGAUCUCCCAGAUGACGUUUUGACUAGCAUUCUGAUGAAGAUUAACCCGAAAGAUCUUGUCAGCAUUGCAAGAGUCUGCCGUCUCUUUAGAUCACUGGCCUUUCUAAUUGUGCCAUGCAUGAAUCUUAAACUUUUUCCUCAUCAGCAGGCAGCAGUUGGUUGGAUGUUGGAGCGUGAGAGGAAAUCUGAGGUUUUCUCACAUCCCCUAUACUUGGAAUUCAGUACUGAGGAUGGGUUCAGUUUUUACAUAAAUGUUUUGUCUGGUGGUAUAACUACUGAGACAGUCCCCAUGGUCAAGGAUUUUCGUGGGGGAAUGUUCUGCGAUGAACCAGGUUUAGGUAAGACGAUAACAGCAUUGUCACUUAUUCUAAAGACGCAGGGAACAAUGGCUGAUCCACCUGAGGGACUUCCUGUGAUUUGGUGUACACAUAAAAGUGACACAAGGUGUGGUUAUUAUGAGUUAACGAGUGACCAGAUCACUUCUACCGGCCUGUUAACAGUAAAGAGGUUUCUAAGUCCAAGUAGCUUUCGAAACCGGCUUUCUUUGGAAGCCUUUCGUCCAUGGCUUGACUCGAAAUCUUUGCCACUUAAGCAAGCUAGGCUGGCGCGUUCAGAUGGUCAAACUUCUGAGUCUAAGAACGCAAACUUUGAAAACGAAUACGGAACUAUCCUGGAUUUAGAAGAUCAACGUAGAAAGAGCCUGGGUGAUGUCAGAAAAAAUCUGUUGCAUGCAUAUAAUGGCGCAUCUGAUCUCUCUGGAGUGAUGGAAGCUAAAAGAAAUGAUAGUUGGAAGAAGUUUGGUAGGAUAACUGGUUGUAAGAGAAAGGGUCCUACUGGUUCGGAUGUGGAAAGCGAUGGUUGGGUACAGUGUGAUGCUUGCUCAAAGUGGCGGAGAAUAGUAGACGAAGGUGUUUCUGUUACUGGCUCUGCAUGGUUUUGUAGCAACAAUGCUGAUCCUGCACAUCAGAGUUGUAAGGAUCCUGAAGAAUUAUGGGAUGGAUCUCAACCAAUAAAUUACUUGCAAGGCUUUUAUACUAAGGGAGCUUCUGGUGAAGAAAAUGAAAAUAUUUCUUUCUUCACCAGUGUCCUUAGGAAACACAAGUCUUCAGUAAAUUCAUACGUAAAUAAGGCCUUAAUCUGGCUUGCUAAACGCUCUCUUGAGCAGCUCUCACUGAUGGAAACAGUUGGCCUACCAGGUCCACCAAUAAAUGUCUGUAGGUACCAGACAUUAUUUCACGCAUUUGGUCUAACGAGUAGAGUUGAAAAGGGUGUCACCAGAUGGUUUUAUCCAAAGCUGCUUGAGAACUUAGUAUUUGAUUCACCUGCCCUCAAGGUUGCUCUCUGUCAGCCGCUGGAUGCAUUUAGAUUGUAUUUGUCAAAAGCAACUCUAGUUGUCGUGCCUGCGAAUCUGGUUCAUCACUGGAAAACACAAAUCGAUAAACAUGUCAGCCCUGGGCAGCUACGUAUCCUCGUUUGGACUGACAAUAAGAAGCUUUCUCCGCACAGCCUGGCUUGGGACUAUGAUGUUGUGAUCACAACUUUUAGUCGCUUAAGUGCUGAAUGGAAUCCUCGGAAGAAAAGCCCAUUGAUCCAAGUGCAUUGGCUGAGGGUCAUGCUAGAUGAAGGACACACUCUUGGUUCUAGUCUCAGUUUGACAAAUAAAUUUCAGAUGGCUGUUUCUCUGACAGCUUGUAGUCGCUGGUUACUGACCGGAACACCAACCCCGAACACGCCAAAUAGCCAGCUUUCGCAUCUCCAACCUCUUUUAAUGUUUCUUCACGAGGAAGUAUAUGGAAACAAUCUAAAGUUGUGGGAAGCUGGCAUCCUUAGACCAUUUGAAGCAGAAAUAGAGGAGGGUCGUGCUCGUUUACUUGAGCUGCUUCAGAGAUGCAUGAUAUGCUCUAGAAAGAAAGAUCUGCGGAUGAUUCCUCCAUGUAUCAAGAAGUCGACAUACAUUAAUUUCGUCCCGAGACAUGCAAGAAGCUACAAUGAACUAGUGGAGUCAGUAAGGCGUAAUAUCUUAUUAGCUGAUUGGAAUGACCCGUCUCAUGUCGAAAGUCUGCUUAACUCUAAACAGUGGAAAUUUCGAAACGCUACCAUAAAUAAUGUCAGGCUAUCUUGUUGUGUGGCUGGGCAUAUUAAAAUGACUGACGCUGGUCAUGAUAUUAAAGAGACAAUGGACGCUUUAGUUGAAGCUGGUCUUGACGAUUCGACCGAGGAGUAUUCUUCUAUUCAAAACUGUCUUAUUAGUGGCUGUAAUUGUAAAAGAUGUGGGGAAUGGUGUCGACUUCCUGUAAUCACUCCAUGUAGACACUUACUAUGCCUGGAUUGCGUUGCUCUUGAUAGCGAAAGGUGUACUUUUCCUAACUGUGGUAACUUAUAUGAGAUGCAAACUCUGUUGGCUCGACCAGAAAAUCCAAACCCUAAAUGGCCUGUGCCGAAGGAUCUUAUUGAGUUACAGCCUUCAUAUAAUCAGGAUGAUUGGAAUCCUGACUGGCAAUCUACAUCUAGCAGUAAAGUCAGUUAUCUCAUGGACAGACUGAAGAAGUUACAUGAGGGUAAUCGUAAAAGCAUUUUGUCUUUCAACAAAAGUAGCUGUGACAACCUUGAAGAGAAUCCCAUUGGUACCUCGAAAGCCUUUUUGGGGCAAAAGUUCCAUAAACAAGAUUUUGGAUCUCAGAUGGUACUUGUUGAUAAAGUUUUGAUUUUCUCUCAAUUCCUUGAGCAUAUUCACGUGAUUGAACAACAGUUGGAAAUCGCUGGCAUAAAGUUUGCUGGAAUGUACAGUCCAAUGCAUUCGUCUAAAAAGAUGAAAAAUCUAGCCAUGUUCCAGAACGAUGCUGAUUGCAUGGCACUUUUGAUGGAUGGAAGUUCAGCGCUAGGUCUUGAUUUGAGCUUUGUAACGCAUGUGUUCCUGAUGGAACCAAUCUGGGAUAAAAGCAUGGAAGAGCAAGUUAUCAGUCGUGCUCACCGUAUGGGCGCAAAACGCCCUAUUUAUGUAGAAACGUUAACCAUGCGUGGCACAAUUGAAGAGCAAAUGAUGAGAUUCCUAGAGGAUGCUGAAAAGAGUGAUAGAUUAUUGUAUGGGGAUUACAUGAAAGUGGAGAAGGAGACAACAACAAGAAGCAGCAGCAGGCGCACGCUACAUGAUUUGGCAGAAAGCAAUUACUUGUCUCAUCUUAGCUUUGUCCGAUCAGAGGGCAACACAUAAUGACUUCACUGUCUAAAUCCUAUGUUACGCAUUUUGUAAAUGCUUUUGCCGUAAUUUAUGUUGUAGGCUUUUUUGGACUAAAAUUUAUGUUAGGCAUUGAGAAUAAACCUUUUGGUUAAAUAAUCAGAAACUUAUAGAAA